AUGUCGGCUUUACUUCCUCUGUGUCUGAUUAUCUCCUUCAUUACCUAUUCAAAUGCGGCGUAUUGUGUGUGCAAAGACGGGAACGAGCAAGUACUUCAAAAAGCCAUAGACUACGCUUGUGGAAAUGGAGCUGACUGUUCUCAGAUCCAGCUCAACGGAGCUUGUUUCCAACCUAACACCGUCAAAAACCACUGUGACGUCGCCGUCAACAGUUACUACCAGAAGAAAGCUUCCUCCGGCGCCACCUGUGACUUUAACGGCGCCGCCACCACCUCUCCCUCCCCUCCUUCAACUGCUUCAAGCUGUUUAACUGGUUCAAGCUCUAGUGGGACCCCUUCAACUGGGACUCCGACCACCGGAACGCCAACCACCGGGACACCCACCAGUGGGACUCCGACGAGCGGUUUCCCAUCUACCGGAACUCCGACCACAGGCACUCCAACCACCGGGACCCCUUCGACGGGAAUGCCUAACACAGGGACUCCAUCAACUUCCACCGGGAUGCCGAACUCCGGCACGCCUGCAAACGGAAUGCCGACUUCCUCUUCAUCUUCGGUGUUCCCGGGGACUACUCUUGGACCGACUGGACUAGGCGAUCCUAACGCUGGAGAGAAGAUGUCAGUCCGGACUACUAACACGGUGGUGGUUUUCUUACUAACCGGUGUACCUAUGCUUGUCAUGAGGGUUUAG